CUGCUUGCUGAAGUGCCGAAUAUACCUAUUGGUAAACAAAACAAUGGCGGCCAUGUCGCCUGGAAACCUGGUUGGAUGACGGAACUAUUUUCGUCACGCCUCUUUGGAACUCAAUGGCAUAGAAGACGCGGCUUUCUUCUUAUUCAGAUCAUUUCAUAACGAUGUGUCUCCUAUAGCCACCGGAGACCAUACACUGGCGAUUCUUCUUGGAGAAUCUGACGCUUCGCCGUGCGGUUUCCCUUUUGAGUGGGCAGGAAUGGAGGCGGCGCCACUGUAGAUGUUCUUGGUCUGGGGAUAUGCGGAGAGUGGUUGAUUGAUAGGCUGCUUUAUGAUCGUUGUCCGUUAGGUUUCAAAUCCAAGCCUACUUCUCUCGGAAACGAAAAUUGAAGCUCGGUCACAACAUUGUCAUGCUCCUCAAGGUCUGCUCGACAUAGAAUAGUUUGACCAUAUUGAAGAGGUAAUUCUGAGCAACUGGACCUUGUGAUUUUGAAAAGGGGUCCACCUUGACCGUUAUUCGACACCUCACAUGAAAAAAGUGAGCCGGUGUGGAUUAACUUACGCCGGAAAUUUAAAUUGGUGGAUAAAAUGUCAUGUGAUUUUAAAUUGCGAUAUGAAAAGGAGGUAGGGACUCUGUUUAGGAGAUUUUAUGAAGAUAACAUGAACAGAAAACCUAUUGAGGAAAUAGAGAAGGAGCUUGAAGAGAUUCUAACUUCAACUGAAAUACCCAAAGCACCCUGGGAAACAGGAAUCUGCAAUGUAUGUGGGAUUAAUAAAGAUGAUGGAAAAGUACUUAUUUGUGAUAGGUGUGAAGCAUACUAUCACACAUACUGUUUGACUCCCCCUCUUUCUCAAAUCCCAAAAGGCAACUGGUUUUGUCCCAUUUGUGUGCCACCUCAGCAGGACAACGAAGCAGGUCUUGAAAAUAUUUUACAAUUUGUUGAUAAAAAUUGUGAAGAAAAUAUUAAGCUUUUGGAUAUAGCCACUGCCUUGAAGGAAAAAGAGUAUUGGGAAUUAGAUGCAGAUAAGAAAACCUUCUUGCUCAAGUUUCUAUGCGAUGAGUUAUUGAAAACCAGUCUUAUCCGUACGAAUGUGAAAGAGCCAGUUGUGAAUGUGAUGCAACAAAAACAUUCCCUAAACGAAACGUCAACGAAUUUGAAAGAGCCAGAUGUUAAUCAUGAAGAGCUCUCUUUACGCAAUGAAUUUUUAGGCAUCGACUCCGAUAACAGAUUCUAUUGGGUAUUCCAAAACACAAACACAAGCACACAUCACGGAAUUGUCGUCAACGAUACCGGAAUGUGUGAUUCCGAUUCCCGUGCAUGGUGUUUAUUCCAAUCCGACGAACAAAUCAAGAGUCUCAUCAACUACCUUAAACGAAACGAUCCGAGUAGAAGAGAAUUGAGAAAUUCGAUCUCAAAGUGGCAAAAGUCAAUCACAAAACAUGGUCAACAAACGGGAGCAAAUUUCGUCAAGGGCGAAACGGUCUUUUCGCAUAACAACGGACUUGCUACAAAGGCAAGUGAGUUGCUGGAGGCGAAAUACAAUACAGAUCCGGAUUCAGUGAAGAAACCAAGAAGAAAGAACAUGGCAAAAUGGCAUAGGUGUGAAUGUUUGGAACCCGUUUUGCCAUGUAGAUACCACUGUGUUAAAUGCCAUGAAACCUUUUUCACAAAUGUUGAAUUUGAACAACAUAAGAAGAACAAGUGUGAUUGUGGUUUGGAAUUGGAUUUGUUGAAUCGACCGGGACCCGGUCGACUCAGCCUUGGUUGUGAUUCAUUAAGAUGGUUGAAGAUGAAUCUGUUGGACAUGGAAGCUGCACUUCCCGAUGGAGCAAAAAGAGGGUCUAGGGCAAGUUCUGAAUUGAGGCCUGAAUGGUGUGCAUUUGUUAAAUCAGCUAAUACCUUGCCCUGUAUCUGAUUUCACACAUGUUUAUAUAU